CUGACGACAAAAUGGUUAAAUCAAAGAAGUGGAUACUUGCUGCAGAGUUUGAAGGAGAGCCAAAGGACUCCGACUUCAAGCUUGAAGAGGAGGAACUGCCUGCUUUGAAAGACGGAGAAUUCAUCUGUGAUGCAGUGUAUCUUAGUGUGGAUCCGUACAUGAGGUCUCGUUCUUACCCUGUCGGGAGUUGCAUCAUCGGCGAACAGGUAGCGAGGGUGUCGGAGAGUAAAAACAAGGACUACCCCGUCGGAUGCCUGGUCCAGAUGCAAUCGGGGUGGCGUUCACGUACACUGGUCGACCCUUCAAAGCCAAAAGACUUGGAAACCAUUCGUUUCCUCAAAGUGCCCGAUCUUGGAACACUGGAGCCAUCUCUUGCACUGGGAAUCUUGGGGAUGCCAGGGAUGACAGCCUACUUCGGGUUCCUGGAGAUCUGUCAGCCAAAGGCUGGAGAGACUGUACUGGUUAACGGUUCCGCGGGGGUGGGCAGUGCUGUCGGACAGAUCGCCAAGAUCAAGGGGUGCAAGGUGAUUGGAUUUGCUGGAUCAAAGGACAAAUGUGAUUGGGUGAAGAGUCUUGGAUUUGAUCACGUGUUCAACUACAAGGAAGUAGACAUCGACGAGUCCCUGAAAAAGGCGGCCCCCGACGGAAUUGACUGUUACUUUGAUAACGUGGGAGGAGAUUUCACGUCUACAGCACUUCAGCAUAUGAAUAUGUUUGGUAGGGUUUCUCUUUGUGGUGGUAUCUCAGUCUACAAUGCCACAAAGCCACCCAUCGGUCCAUAUCCCUUCAUGACGAUCGUGUUCAAACAACUGAAAGUUGAAGGUUUCAUCGUGUUUCGGUGGUGGGACAGGUUCUUCGGAAGGCAAGGCUGAAAUGAAGAAAUGGAUAGAUGAGG